GUUGCCUACAACAAGCCCUGGGGAAGAGAAGCAAGGGAGACUUAGCCACUGGCAGAACAAACAUGAAUCUGAUGACUUCAGAAGGCCCCAUAGCCAAUUCUAUGUUUGUGAUGGGAAGCAUGUCUCAGGUGCCCCUGUAUCCACUCAACCAACCCCAAGUCCACCAAAUUCAUGGGAACCCACCUGGUUUGGAGCCGCCUGUGCCUAUGCAACCUGCCCAGAGAUACUUAAAAGAGGCCAAUGUUUUUGGGGCCAUCCAGAUCCUGAUCGGCCUGAUACACAUUGGCCUGGGCAUCAUCCUGGGGACCAUGCUUCCUGGGACCUUCGUAAGUGUCUCAUUCUACGGAGGCUAUCCCUUCUGGGGAGGCGUCUUGUUCAUCAUUUCAGGAUCCCUCUCAGUGGCAUCAGAACAGCUACCAAGAUCUUCUUGCCUGCUGAAGGGUAGCAUGGGCUUGAGUAUCGCCAGUGCAAUCUGCUCUCUGGUCGGAAUCAUGCUCCUCAUCACAGAUAUGGUUAUCAACAACCUGCAUAGCUCCUUCAGCUCCUAUCCCUGCAGUGGUGUGGUCUCUGGAGUGACUGCUUCUGCCGUGCUGUUCAUCUUUAGCCUCUUGGAGUUCUGCAUUGCCUGCACGUCUGCCCACUUUGGUUGCAAACUAUUCCGCUAUUCACACAACAACGGCACUGUGGUCUUUCAAACUGUCUAUGUGACAAACCCAAUGGUCAAUCCAGAACCAGUGAACGCUCCACCGUCUUAUUCCAGUGAGAUCCAGGACUCCAAAUAAGCCAAAGAAAGCAUCUUCUAACACACCUGGUGCUUCUCCAGAGAGGGAUACCUCCCACCUGUGCUGCUGAAAUCACCAUGGGGCUAGUUGGAAAAGGGCCCCUUUCUUAUCCUACUACCUACUCUAUUAGUUCUGUGUACUAGGCCCUUAUCCCCAAAGGCUCAUU